UUGACAAAAAAAAAAAACUUCUUUUUUUUUUUUCAUCUCAUCUUCCAAAAAACUUGUUUUCAAUGACUCAACGCGAGGUUUAUAUUGCUGCUGCUGUCCGUACCCCUCUUGGUGGUUUCAACGGUUCCUUGGCUUCUUUGCCUGCCACUAAGCUCGGUUCUAUUGCUAUUGAAGCUGCUGUCAAAAAGAUCAACUUACCUGUUGAAGCCGUUGAAGAAGUUUUCUUUGGUUGUGUUUUGUCUGCCAACCUUGGUCAAAACCCUGCUCGUCAAGCUGCUCUCGGUGCUGGUCUUAAGGAAGAAACCAUUGCCACUACUGUCAACAAGGUCUGUGCUUCUGGCAUGAAAGCUGUUAUUUUGGGCGCUCAAAGCAUCAUGCUCGGUAACGCUGAAGUGAUUGUUGCUGGUGGUAUGGAAUCCAUGAGCAACACUCCUUACUACUUGCCCAAACAACGUUUCGGUUCUACUUAUGGUAACACCGAAGUUGUUGAUGGUAUUGUCAAGGAUGGUCUUACUGAUGUCUACAACAACUACUUGAUGGGCGUUGCUGCUGAAGAAUGUGCUGCUGAAUACGACAUCAGCCGUGAACAACAAGAUGACUAUGCCAUUGAAUCCUAUAAGCGUGCUCAAGCUGCUUUUGCUGCUGGUCACUAUAAGGAAGAAAUUGUGCCUGUCACUGUUUCCGGUGGUCGUGGUAAGCCCGACCGUGUGAUUGAACAAGAUGACGAAGUUGCCAAGUUGAACGAAGAAAAGCUUCGUGCUGUCCGUCCUGCUUUCCAACCCAAGAACGGUACUGUUACUGCUCCUAACUCCUCUCCUCUUUCUGAUGGUGCCUCUGCCCUUGUCCUUGUGUCCAAGGAAGCUGCUGAAAAGUACAACCUUCCUUUGAUUGCCAAGAUCAAGGGUUGGGGUGAAGCUGCUCAAGCUCCUGCUCGUUUCACUACUUCUCCUGCUCUUGCUAUUCCCAAGGCUAUUAAGCAUGCUGGUUUAACUGCUGAAGAGGUUGCUUUCUAUGAAAUCAACGAAGCUUUCUCCGUUGUUGCUUGUGCCAACAAGAAGAUUUUGAACCUUCCUGCUGACAAGAUCAAUGUUUGGGGUGGUGCUGUUGCUAUGGGCCAUCCAUUGGGUUGUUCCGGUGCUCGUAUCAUCACUACUCUUUCUUCCGUCUUGAAGAGUAACAGUGCCAAAUAUGGCGUUGCUGGUGUCUGCAAUGGUGGUGGCGGUGCUUCUGCUAUUGUCAUUGAACGUUUGUAA